UACCAGACAUUGUUCGACCUAUUCAAACAAUAUAUUAAAAAACCGAUUACAUUGUCGGCCGGCGAAUUAAUAGGCCGAUCACCUUCCGAUCUGAUCGAUGACCUUUUCAGACGAAGAAGAUGAGUUGUUGGCGAACUUUCUCGAAUCUGAACUAUCCGAUGAGGAGGAGCCAGAAGCCAAGCGAUUGCGCGUUGUUAACGGAGAUGAGGAAGAGGAAAAAGAACGCGAAGGUGAUGGGGCUUCUUCUUCAAAUAUGAAUCCGAACCCUGGCCAAGUGAAGAACACCAAUAAUAGGAGUGUUCCUAGGGGGAUUGAGAGUGGUACUUUCAGCAAAAUUCCACCCGAGUUGUUUACUCAUAUCCUCAAAUUUCUCUCAUCCGAGGAUCUUGUAUCGUGCUCGCUGGUGUGCAGUUUUCUGAAUUUUGCGGCAUCUGAUGAAUCCUUAUGGCGUCGCCUGUAUUGUAUGCGAUGGGGUUUGUUGCCUCCAACAAAAAUGCGGGAAUGUCCUUGGAAGAAGCUUUAUAUUCAGCGUGAUGAAGAGGACAUGAGUGAACUUGUUAGGAACUGUACAUCUGAAUUUAAAGAGUACUACAUUCAAAUGCAAGCAGCUAAAAGAAGCCAAGCACCUCUUCCUUCUCAGGUGAAGGAUGACUCAAUAAUUCUUGACAAGACUGUUGCUGAUCAAGUAUCUCUGUGGAAAAGUAGUCGGGGCCUGGCUGAUAAGGUGGUCACUGACCAUGCUUGUUCAGGAGAAACAUGUACCUACUACCAAAUUGGGGAUGUAUUUGUUUGUGAGAAGACUGGGCAGGUUCAUGUAUGUGAUGAUACAUGCCGAGAAGUCAUUUUGGAUCCCAACAAUGAGCUUUUGGUCUGCACAAUUUCAGGCCACUGUUUUGAUAGGUUACUGUCUCCAUCCGAAAUGGAAUUGGACAGUGAACAGCAGCAAGCUGGUGGGACCGAUGAAGCGGAACCAUUUAUGGGAUCUGGCCGCUUUGCAAGAGCUUACUUAUUGGGAUACAAUUGCGAGGAUGAAAAAGAGCUGGAAGCUGCUUUGAGGUUUUGUUGAUCCAAAUCUUUGUUUACUUUUCUUUUAGGUGAUAAUGUAUUUCCUUAAUAUUAUGUUAAAAUCCAGAGUCCUAGGCUCGAUCGUUUAUUGCCAUGGCACAUGAAAACAUGGAUGAUGAUGAUGGAGAGAUAGAAACGCAAUUACUGGCUUUUGGCAGAGCCUUAAAACAAUAGUUAACGAUUAGUAGUCCCUGGAAAAUUUGCAAUCCACUGAAGGAUGCUAUUGUUGAAAAGCAACAACAGGGCUUCAAAGGUUCCGUUGAACUUGAAAAUUAACCCAUCCCAAAUAGUAUGAACCAUUGGGCAUUGAUUAUGAUUCUCGAGGGAGUGCUAUUCAGACGACCUUUAGGCGAGUUGAUAUUCUGAGUAUCGAAACAAUGACCUUACUGUAAUAUCCAUGAUGAUCUGAUCCUAUUACAAAAACAUCGAUUUAUUGUUU